AUGGGGCUGGUUGUGGGCACUAAGGUGGGGCUGGCUGUGAGCACUAAGGUGGGGCUGACUGUGGGCACUAAGAUGGGGCUGGUUGUGGGCACUAAGGUGGGGCUGGUUGUGGGCACUAAGGUGGGGCUGGCUGUGAGCACUAAGGUGGGGCUGACUGUGGGCACUAAGAUGGGGCUGGUUGUGGGCACUAAGGUGGGGCUGGUUGUGGGCACUAAGGUGGGACUGACUGUGGGCACUAAGGUGGGGCUGGCUGUGGGCACUAAGGUGGGGCUGACUGUGAGCACUAAGGUGGGGCUGGUUGUGGGCACUAAGGUGGGACUGACUGUGAGCACUAAGGUGGGGCUGACUGUGAGCACUAAGGUGGGGCUGGUUGUGGGCACUAAGGUGGGGCUGGUUGUGGGCACUAAGGUGGGACUGACUGUGGGCACUAAGGUGGGGCUGGCUGUGGGCACUAAGGUGGGGCUGACUGUGAGCACUAAGGUGGGGCUGGUUGUGGGCACUAAGGUGGGGCUGGUUGUGGGCACUAAGGUGGGACUGACUGUGGGCACUAAGGUGGGGCUGGCUGUGGGCACUAAGGUGGGACUGGCUGUGGGCACUAAGGGAGCCCUAGAGCUGCCACCUUCAGGGAGCCCUAGAGCUGCCACCUUCAGGGAGCCCUAG